ACACAUGGUUAUAAUUACAUAAAUACAUCUCUGUACAGGGUGGGGUUUUCAACAUGCAGCCUUUAUUGAUGUAUAUUUGUAAAGGGAAAUCUUGUACCUAUUUUGAAACAUUCUAUUUUUCUUAUUGUGAAAUCAUUAGAUGCCUCGUGCCUCGCGCGCUUCGUCUUUAGCCAAGAUGAGGAUGAGGAUGAGGACGCUUCUUCCGAUGGCAACGACUCUGGCUAGAGGCUUCCUCCCUGGUAUGUAGUCGUAAAGAUACAAUGAUGCAUGUUUUCAACUCAUUUAUAUUCCUCAGAAUUCUAUUGCAUGAAUGUGUGAUGUUUGACUUUUAGAUCAACAGCUCGAGAUAAGUUAUUCAUUUUAGUUUUGCGUUGAAUUUGACUCUUUAUUAGUGCAUGGCACUGGAGCACGUCACCGUGUCAAGCCUUGGCCUGUCUCUGCCCACACUGGGAAGUUCAACCGAUUGGAUCUCCCUCCUGAGUCUCCAGAUAAGCAGGUAAACUUGUCAAAGACCUUUCAGAAAAUAAUGUAUAAUUUAGCUGUGGAAUAUGUUUGGAGUGGAAUGACAACUUUUUAUUUGUCCUUAUUUAUAGUUUGUGCUGUUUGUGGGCGACUCGCAUCUGCGUGCGUUGGUUGACCGUUACGUGAGGAUGCCAGACGGUUGCCUUUCGUUUGGGUUCCUGUCUACGCCUGGGGCGUCUGCCGCUGAGCUCCGCACUGAGUUGCUGAACGCAGACAUCCCCAGAACCCCCGACAUCGUUUGCUUGCUGGCUCCAAGCAACAACCUCACCGCGACGCCCGGCAUCGAAGCGGCUGGAGUUGCCUUCGAUGGACUUCUGAGAGCUGCCCGCAGUCGAUGGCCUAAGGUGUUUGUGCUCGAUUUCCCUCCCCGGCUGGCGAGUGAAUUGGCACCGCAACAAUUCCUUCGAGAGGAGUUUCGUCGCGUUGCAGCAAAGAACGAUGUAAAGUACUGCGUCACAGCUGACCGCUUUCCGCUGGACUCACGUGCCUUGUGGAGUCGUGAUGGGAUCCACCUGAGUGACGAUCUGGGGAUGCCGCUUCUCGCGAAGCUUCUGUGGCACUUCUCCUUUCAGCAGCUACAGUCACCUCUGCCUGUUACACCACCGCCUGUGUCUCCUCCCAAGUCACCCCCGACUGUGAGACCCUUUGCUACCACCGUGGUUGUGAAGGGAGAGGUUUCACGUCCACGUCCCCUUGACCCCUUCAAGGAAACUGUCGUCGGACGUCGCGGAAAGCGCAGCCAACCUGAGUCCUGGGAUGCGCCUGAGGACUGGGAUCAGUCUUCCGUGCGGAUCCUUCCUCAUGAGGUUUGUGUGCCUCCUCUGGUCCUGAGGGAGUGCUUUGUCGUGCUAAAUCCUAUCCGGUUUAGCACUGACAAGUUGGCUGCAAUGGAUCGCAUUGUUCCAUCCAACCUUGACGUCCCCAUGGGGAAUCGCUCAAAGAAACGGAAGGUGGCACAUGGAACCACGGCUGUGGUCUCCAAAGGAAAGAAGGCCCGCCUUGAGGUUGGUCAUUUCUCAGUGAAAUAUGUACUUGUUUUUUGGUUGAAACACAGGAACAACUAUUUUCUGAUUUCGCCUUUAACACAAGAGAUAGUCCAACAUUCUCUGUGUAGGUAUUGUUUUGCCAAUGAUUUACAAUUAUUUUCCAGGCACUUCAAACUCCAGCAAGGAUUGCCAAACCGUCGAAGCUGGUACCUCCCCCUCGACCUGUGCCAGAAGCUGCUGUGCCAGCCACUCUGGAGGGCAGCGUCUUUGUGCAUUCAAGCAAGGUAAUUUGCAUACAACAUGUAAUGAUUAAACACAUUCAGUGAAUAGAGUGCGGUUCUCUAUUCUUUUGAUAUUUUCCCUAAGUUCCCUUUAAGAAAGUGUAAUUUUGGGUUUCCAUUUCUCAAUUGUAAUGUACAUAUCAUUCUUACUAUAUCUUUGCAGUUUGCUCAACCGGAGGGGGAUGACAAGACUCUGUGUGUUGAUGAGUGGCCGUUUCUUCAAACAGAGUUUU